AUGUGUGAUCCCGACCCCAAAUUGGGAUGCUUCUCUAACACUGGAUCAUGGAGUCAUCUCCCAACCCCUAAAUCAUCUUCUGUUGUUAAUACCAAAUUCUACCUAUAUACCCGUGGAUACAGUUCCUCCCAAACCCUUGACUACAAUAACCCAUCUUCUAUCUCUAAUUCUCGUUUCAAUGGUAACAUUGAUACCAAAAUCAUCAUCCACGGAUUCAGCGCCGAUUCUGGCUCAGCUUGGAUGCAUAAUAUGAAGAACGAAUUCUUGAAAAAGGGCUACUUUAACGUUAUCCUUGUUGACUGGAGUGGUGGUUCCAAGACUCUCAACUAUGAUCAGGCUAGUGCUAAUACUCGAGUCGCUGGUGCCAUGGUUGGAGAAUUAACUAAAGCUUUGCCAACUAGCAAGAGCAGAAUUCACCUUAUCGGUCACAGUUUGGGUGCUCACACUUCCAGCUUUGCAAGUAACAGACUUAACAGAGCCGGACGUAUCAGCGGUCUUGACCCUGCCGAUCCUAACUUCCAAGGCAGAUCUACUUCUAUCAAAUUGGACAAAAAUGAUGCUGACUUUGUCGAUGUUAUCCAUAGUGAUGCCGAUACCUUCUUGUUAGGUGCUGGCUAUGGUACCAAAGAUGCUUCUGGCCAUCUUGAUUUCUGGCCUAAUGGUGGUGAAGAUCAACCCCAAUGCGGUUUAUUCAAGGAUGUCCAAAGGGACAUGAACGGCAUGAGCCAAAGAGGAGGCAUUGGCUGCGAUCACGGUGCUGCACACACUUACUACGUAGAAUCUAUCAACUCUGCUUGCAAUUUCGUCGCUAGGCCUUGCUCUAGCUACAGCAAUUACAAAUCUGGCAGUUGUAGUAGUUGCAACGGCUAUCCAUGCCCAAUCAUGGGUUACAGAGCUGUAGAAUUCAAGAACUACUACUACAAUAACCAAAGACUUUUCUUGACUACCAACAAGAACGCACCACACUGUUCUGGCGCUAAAUCCGCUAGGUCCUUUGUACAUCAACUUGGUGGCCCAGAAUUAGCUGCAGAAGAUGCCAACUUAAAACAUAUGGAAUAA